AUGAGGCCCGCCCGGAGUGCUCUCUGGCUGCGCCUGACCUUGGCCUUGGGCCUGGCACUCGUUGGCCCCAUGGCUGUGGGUUGGGCCUCACCCCGGGCUCCCAUCUAUGUCAGCAGCUGGGCCGUGCGGGUGUCCCAGGGUUACCAGGAAAUCGAGCGCCUGGCGCGCAAAUUCGGCUUCGUCAACCUGGGGCCGAUUUUCCCUGAUGGGCAGUAUUUCCAUCUGCGGCACCGGGGCAUGGUCCAGCAGUCCCUGACCCCACACUGGGGCCACCGCCUGCGUCUGAAGAAAGACCCCAAGGACCCCCUAGCCAACUACGACUUCAAUGACUAUGACCCGGACCCCCAGCCGUGAUACACACCCAGCGAUGAGAACCGGCAUGGGACCCGCUGUGCUGGGGAGGUGGCAGCGACAGCAAACAACAGGUUCUGUGGUGCUGGCAUCGCCUACAAUGCCCGAAUCGGAGGGGUGCGCAUGCUGGACGGCACCAUCACUGACAUGAUCGAGGCCCAGUCGCUGAACCUGCAGCCGCAGCACAUCCACAUCUACAGCGCCAGCUGGGGCCCUGAGGACGACGGCCGCACAGUGGACGGCCCGGGCAUCCUCACCCAAGAGGCCUUCAGGCGCGGCAUGACCAAGGGCCGAGGCGGGCUGGGCAGCCUCUUCAUCUGGGCGUCGGGCAACGGUGGCCUGCACUAUGACAACUGCAACUGUGAUGGCUACACCAAUAGCUUCCACACACUCUCGGUGGGCAGCACCACCCAGCAGGACCGCGUUCCCUGGUACAGCGAGGCCUGCGCCUCCACGCUCACCACUACCUACAGCAGUGGCAUUGCUGCCGACCCCCGAAUCGUCACCACAGACCUGCACCACCGGUGCAUGGACAAGCACACGGGCACCUCGGCCUCCGCCCCGCUGGCUGCGGGCAUGAUCGCCCUGGCUCUGGAGGCCAACCCGUUCUUGACGUGGAGGGACAUGCAGCAUCUGGUGGUCCGGGCGUCCAGGCCAGCGCAGCUCCAGGCUGAGGACUGGAGGACCAACGGCGUGGGGCGCCAAGUGAGCCACCACUACGGCUACGAACCGCUGGACGCCGGGCUGCUGGUGGACUUGGCUCGCUCGUGGCUGCCCACACAGCCCCAGAAGAAGUGCAUCAUUCGCAUCGUGCACACCCCCACGCCAGCAGGAGGGGCCCUCACCUCACGUGCCGUAGCCCCCAGCCCCAUCCUGCGGGUGACGCACGUGAGGAAGAACGUGUCAGCCUGCUUCGGCCACACCAACUACAUCCGCUCGCUGGAGCACAUGCAGGUGCAGCUGUCCCCGUCCUACAGCCGCCGUGGGGACUUGGAGAUCUCGCUCACCAGCCCCAUGGGCACCCGCUCCACGCUUGUGGCCAUCAGACCCUUUGACGUCAGUGACCAAGGCUACAACAACUGGAUCUUCAUGUCUACCCACUUCUGGGAUGAGGACCCACGCGGCUUGUGGAUCCUGGUCCUGGAGAACAAGGGCUACUAUUUCAACACCGGGAUGCUGUACCGCUACACGCUGCUGCUCUAUGGGACGGCCGAGGACAUGACGGCGCGGCCCUCGGGCCCCCAGGUGACCAGCAACGCGUGUGUGCAGCGGGACACAGAGGGGCCGUGUCAGGAAUGCCAGAGCCCUGCCUACAUCCUGGGCCACCUCUGCCUCGCCUACUGCCCACCGAGGUACUUCAACCACACCCAGCAGGCGGUGACGGCCGAACCUGGGCGCCCAGCCGCGCCUGCCCUGCGGGUCUGCUCCAGCUGCCACUCGUCCUGUUACACCUGCCGCGGCAGCUCCCUGCUGGACUGUACCGCUGGCCCCCCGCCGUCCAUGCUGGACGCGCAGCGGGGCUCCUGCUCUGGACCUGACCCCCCUGAGGGUCCCCAGCCCACCGCGACCGCCUGCCCCUGCCGCCGCGGCCCGGCCCAGGCCGUGGUGCUGGCCCUGCUGGCCGUGGCCUUCGGGAGCCCCCUCCUCUGCCGCGUCCUCCUCUACGUAGGCUGCCUGCCACCAUGGGUGGGAUCCCCCGGAGCGGCGGGCCACUCCCAUCACCACUCCAGACCCCGCUGCAAGCUGGAACCCAGAGCUGGUUGA